UAAAUAGACACAUUUGUUACAUUCCCUUUCGUUUGUAGAAAUACAUUCAAGAUCUUCGUUCUCCACUGUUUGUCGAGUUAUCAAGCAUCAGAAAUGUGCAUUGUAUUAUGAGAAUUUGCCUCUCCAACAUAUUCUGUAGAGUAGUUCACAUACAAACACACAGAGUGAGGAAAAGCGAACGUUAUCCAAAAUCUUUACGUUCGUUCGCCACAACAACAAAGAUGGCGUCGACGACCGAACCGCUCGGGGAGUUUCCUUUUUGGGGCCUUCUUCCUAGGAAGGAAACUGGUGUUGUUAGUCUACUUUCUAAGAACCCAAACUUUGAUGGGCGUGGGACAGUGAUUGCUAUCUUUGACUCAGGUGUUGACCCAGGGGCACCUGGGCUUCAGGUUACAACAGAAGGAAAAGUGAAAGUCAUUGAUCGCAUUGAUGCAUCAGGAGCUGGAGAUGUUGAUACAUCCACAGUUGUUGAAGCCACAGAUGGUGUUAUUGCAGGUCUUACUGGUCGUAAACUAAAAGUUCCAGAGGCCUGGGUUAAUCCAUCAGGGAAGUUCCAUAUAGGUGUAAAGAGUGCCUAUACUCUCUACCCUCAACGGCUGAGAGAGCGAAUCAUUAAGGAGCGUAAAGAGAAGCAGUGGGACCCUGUUCACAAAAUUCUUCUGGCAGAGGCACAAAGAAAGUUACAGUUGUUGGAAAAUAAUAAAAGCAAUGGUAGUAGUAAUGGAGCCAGCCCUAAUAGUUUGAUUGACAAAAUGACAAAAGAAGAUGCUGAAACCAGGGUAUCACUGCUUAACAGCUUGGAGAAAAAGUACAAUGACCUGGGACCAGCUUAUGAUUGUGUCCUAUAUCAUGAUGGAGAUGUGUGGAGGGCAUGUAUUGAUACAUCAGAACGGGGAGAACUGGAAUCUGGAAUUCAUCUAGGGGAAUAUAGAAUUACUCACCAGUGGGCAUCGCUUACGUCAGCUGACCAGUACAAUAUCUCUGUAAAUGUGCACAAUGAUGGAAAUAUUCUUGAAAUUGUUGGAAUGUGUUCAAGUCAUGGUACGCAUGUGGCUUCCAUCGCAUCAGCUAAUUUCCCUGAUGCCCCAGAGAGGAAUGGUGUUGCCCCUGGUGCUCAGAUAGUCUCGAUAACUAUAGGUGGACAGGGCUGUGGAGCACAUGCUUCAGCAUUGCAAUAGCAUAGAAGACAAAGUUCGGUUUAUGGUUGAAUGUGGAAGUGAGAGGAAAAAGGGCAUUCACUUGCGUAACUGGCUUGCUGAUAAACCUGUCGACAUGUCAGUUACAGUGGAACCUGUACUACUUGAUGACACUAGAGCUGCAGAUGCCAAUCAAAAAUUAUCCUUCUGUAUGGAAAUGGUUCUGACAACUAAUGCUCCUUGGAUCAGAUCACCAAGCUGUUUACAAAUGUCUUACACUGCCAGGUCUUUCCAGGUGAGCAUAGAUCCUCGAGGUCUGGAGCGUGGGCGAGUCUAUUUUGCCUCUGUCAAGGCCUACAAUGCUAGCAAUGUUGAGAAAGGAAUUAUGUUUGAAGUUCCAAUCACUAUUGUUGUUCCUGUUAUUGACUUACUUCAUGGGUACAAGUACACCUGUCCAGCAGAGGUUUUCCGUGCUGGUUGUGUCCGCCGUCAUUUCCUGUAUGUGCCAGUUGAGUCUACUUGGGCAACUGUUACUUUGAAGUCAUCUCAUUCUGAGAAAUGUCAGCGCUUCACUCUUCAUGCAGUUCAGCUGAAACCUGAUUGCAGUGUUAAGACAAUUGAGUUCUAUAAGGUUGUUAAUCUAGGCUGCAAUGAGAGCAGCACAUUUGUCUUAGGGGUGCGAGGUGGAUAUGCUCUGGAGGUUUGCCUUGCCCGUUGGUGGUCAAGCUUAGUGGAUGGUCAGGUAGAAAUUGAUGUUGAAUUUCAUAGUCUGCGGCCAUCACAUGAGGAGGUAACAUUAUUCUGCAGUGAUGGUGUUCAACGUGUGGAUGUGAGAGCAGGGCUGAGGCCAGAAGAAGUCUCUCCACAAGCUUAUCUCAAACAUCACACACAGGUGCUGACACCCACAGAGAGUAAAGUGGAAGUUUUGGGUGGUCUACGUGACACAAUCCCAGGUGGUCGGCCUGUCUACCAGCUGAUCUUAUCUUAUAAUCUCUCGGUUUCUAAAGCAGCAGAGGUAACUCCAAAAUGUGCUUUGCUAAGCGAUGUGUUGUAUGAGUCUGCAUUUGAGUCACAGUUGUGGAUGCUGUUUGACCACAACAAGCAACUCCUAGGCUCUGGUGAUGCUUACUGUACCAAGUAUAGUCUCAAGCUUGAGAAAGGCGAAUAUACAAUCAGGCUUCAUGUGAGACAUGAACGACCUGACUUGCUGGAGAAGCUCAGUGAUUUACCCUUGACUGUGCUUACAAAAUUAUCGCAAGAGGUAAAACUUGAUGUGUUUACAUCAUUCAAUGCUGCAGUUACAUGUGGCAAGAAGGCUCAGUCUCUUUCAUUGGGUACUGGUGCUGUCCAGCCUCUCUACCUCACUGCUCCCAGCCUCACAGACAAGACACUGAAGGGUCUCGGACUAACCCCAGGUCAGGCCCUGUUAGGUACACUGUCAUUUGCAAAGGAUGAACAAGUUCGGAAAGCUGUAAGUAACCACAAGUUUGGGCCCAUACGUACUAUGCCGAUGGACAAGCAGCGCAACACCUUGCUGGAGGCUCAUUGCCGUCAUGGAUCUGCUCUGAGUGCUGAUCUGAUACCACUACAGCUUCCUGAGAGACCACAGGAGUCAGUAGAACAACUUGAUGCAAUUACUGUAGAAAUCAUGAAAUUUGUGGAGCCUUCAGAUUCAAAGGUGAUCGGAUUUUUUGCCAGCUACUACCAAGUCAGAGGAUUUGAUGGUCUGGCUGCACGUCUGAUUCAACGACAGUGUGAAGAAAAGUGGACUCGUGAAAAUGAGGCUAAAUUAACUGAAGCUUAUACCCGCUUGGGCUGGACCCAUGCUGCUAGUCUUAUCGCUAAUUCUCAUCCAUUACGUUUUCCUACAAGCUUUACCCUGUUCUAGAUGCAUUUAGUGUGUGUAUAAGUGGUUGAUAAUUCAAACUGUCACUAUUACAGUACUGCCAUUUAUGUUGCACCCUUUUAGAUAACAGUGUCAUUAUGGUUAUCCAUUCAAGUCUUGGCUUGUGAAUGGUAACUUAAAUUUCACACUUGUAAAAGUGCAUCACCUCAACUGCUGAGCAGUGAUGUGUUGUAGUAAUGGUGCGAGUCUUUAAUGAAAAUGCAUUCACUAAGGAUCUUGCAGGUAUGUAUGUGAAUGCUUAAUGCAACCAGAGUCUGUUUGAAUUAUGUUGCCCUAAAAAAACUAACUACAUAUA